AUGUCGCCAACUCAGUCCACCGAUGGAUACACCCGCAGCCUCUCGCACGCCGUCUUCUCUCGCAUGGACCCAGGCAGGCCAGUUCUCAGACUUCUCGACCCAGCCACGAACGAGCUUUGUGACUAUCGCCUCGUGAAGAUUCCGCGGCGCACCACGACGUCCCCCGUCCCCACCCGUCCUACCCGAGACCAACCCGGCCUAGGAAGAUGUCUAGGAGAAACGCUAGGCAGCGAAACCCCCGACCUCGGCUAUGUGAAUCAGUCUAGCCAUUCCUCGGGCGGAUCGCGGGACUGCGCCUCAGAGCUCUGGCAUGGUCCUCCGUCGUUCGGCGCUAGGUUCAACUCUCCGCUCGCGCGCCUACCACCGUUCUCCGUCCGCUCUCGGGGCGAUGGGACGCCCUCUCUAUUCAACGACUCUCGUAACUCGGACGGGUCAUCACCAUCCCUAGGGCCUACCCCGAUCAGAAAGCUCUUCCCUGGCGCUGCUCGGACUCGUCUAGAUACCCCUGCAGAAUCUCCCUGGGUUACCGGUGGUUCUACUGCAUUCGCCGGCCUGGGCUUCUCUGAACUUCGCAAAGACGACGGAACCCCGUUUGACGGCCUCGGGAGCCUCCCUCGCCACACCUCCACCCCGCAAUACAGCUACGCCUCUCCUACCGGAGUCGCCGAUCAAUCCUCCGACUCGCACCCUAUAAACUACCUCCACUUCGUCCGUUCAAGAACGACCACGACCCCAGCCGCCGGCGGUGCACUCUCCCCUCCCCUGGCCCCCGCGCGUCAUUCCGGGGGCGGACGAGCCCAGAGCGUGGCUGGAACGCGCCCCGUCCGACCGGACCAAGACGACGUCUUCCUCUCGCGCCCUAUCCGCGUCCCCGGAAGCCUCGCGCGAGGCCUGUUCCGGCGCUCGUCGUCGUCGUGCGGCACCAAGGGCGCGCGGCGCGCUUCCGUCGCGGGCACCCCGAGCGUAGCCCGCCGCUCGUCCUGGAGCUGGAUGACUGAUCGUAUCGAGACGGGUAGUACGAGGGGCGGCGGUGAGAGGAAGCCUGUGUGGAAGCCGUGA